UUUCCUGUGGUGGAAGAAUUCAGUUCACCUGUAGCUUCCAACCCGUUAGGAUGUGGAAAACGGCGAUCCUGGUGCUGGGCCUAUCAUCAGCCGUCUGGUCUGGUGUGCCUUUGCUAAAUAGAAACCUCCCUGCAACCGCCAGGCAGGAAACCGUCUCCGGAUAUCGUCUACCGAACACCACAAGCCCACUUCGAUACGAUAUUGAGCUCACAACGCACGUUCACGAUCACGGAAGUAAAAACCAGUUUGACUUUGAAGGAAAAGUCAGUAUCUCUCUACGUGUCCUAGAGCAGAACGUACAAAAUAUUACACUUCAUCACCGCCAAAUCACGGUGACGCACGUAAAGCUUACCGAAGUAAGCUCGACGGGCAAUAAUGUCGUGAUAGUUAAUGAUGAUUCGAGUUUCUCCACGGACGAAACAUACGAAUUCCUGAUCGUUCAUGCUCCAUCGGCCUUGAAGGUCGGAAACUACGUACUGGAGAUUCAAUACCAUGGAGUACUUCGUAGUGAUAAUGGUGGGUUCUACCGUUCAUCCUACACCGAUGCCAGCGGAGCAACACGGUGGAUUGCAACUACGCAGUUUGAGUCAACAGAUGCGAGACACGCGUUUCCAUGUUACGAUGAACCUGGGACUCGAGCUCCGAUCGGUUUGAAGUUGAUGCAUGGUAACACUUAUCAUGCUAUCGCAAACAUGCCCAUCAAAAGUCAAGUGGAUUUGAACCAGAACUACACAACUACAACGUUUGAAGACACGCUGUCAAUGCAGACUUAUCUGUUGGCAUUUGUCGUUUCCGAUUUUGACUUUGUAUCUGAUGCUCAGAACAACCAGUCGGUUUAUGCCAAUCCUGCCUCGAUUCACAACGGGGACCUUGAUUUUGCUUUGGAAGCUGGCGUCAAAGUGAUUCAUGCCUUAGAAGACUACGUCCAGGUGAACUACAGCUUUCCGAAGCUUGAUCAAAUUGGAAUCCCCGAUUUUGCAGCCGGUGCGAUGGAAAACUGGGGUCUAGUAACCUAUCGUGAGGAGGCACUCAUCUACAACUCCACCAAAUCACCUAUGGGUCAAUUGAAGCGUACUGCCCUUAUCAUUGCUCAUGAAUACGCUCACCAGUUUUUCGGUAAUCUGGUAUCUCCGACAUGGUGGAACUAUGUUUGGUUAAAUGAAGGAUUUGCAACCCUGCUGCAGUUCAUAGCUGCAGACAAAGCGUAUCCCGAGUUGCGCAUUCAAGAAAUGGUCACAGUCGAAGCCGUCCAAACCGCUUUCCAAUCAGAUGCACUGGAAACAACCCGUCCCAUGAACAGCUAUGUCGAAACACCGUCCGCUAUCUCGGCAUUGUUUGAUGAUAUCGCCUAUGAUAAAUCUGGUUCUGUUUUGCGACAAUUGCAACACGCUUUUGGUGACUCAGUUUUCCGCGCCGGACUCAAGUACUAUUUGGAUGCAAAACAAUUCCAAGCAGCAUCCCCAGACGAUUUGGCUGCUGGCCUACAGAGAUCCGUUGAGGAACACGAUGCCAUUCCCUCAGAUGUGAAAGUCAUCGACAUCAUCAGCUCGUGGGCUGACCAGAAAGGAUAUCCCUUGCUGCAUGUGAGUCGUGGCGCAGAUAAUGUUAUAAAGCUACGCCAAGAACGAUACCUGCUAAAACCUUCGGAUGACGCCGUCAAGGCCACCUGGUAUCUACCGUACAACUUGGCUACCUUACAAGCUUCUGAUUUCUCGUCCACUCUUCCUCUUGAUUGGUUGAUCGGUGAGACAGCUGAAUUGCGUCCUUCACCGUCACUCAACUGGGAUAAUGACGAUUGGGUAAUCUUCAACAAACAACAAACCGGCUACUACCGAGUCAACUACGAUGAUAAUUUAUGGGAGUUGAUAAUCCACGAGCUCCAUCAUGGCGACCACAAUUCGAUUCAUCAUCUUAAUCGUGCUCAGUUGAUUGAUGACUCACUCAAUUUGGCACGAUCUGGUCAUCUUCAGUAUGAUGUUGCGCUUCGAUUGGUCCAAUAUCUCACCGUUGAACAGGAAUACGUCCCAUGGGCAUCGUUGAACAAUGGAUUGGCUUAUCUUAACCGAAUGCUGGCAGGUUCUAGCAAGUACGCAUUAUUCAAACAAUACGUCUGGGAGCUGGUCAAGCCAUCAUUCGACAAGUUCGGUCUGGCAAACAAGCCCGACGAUUCUCACUUUGCGAAGCUAACACGAAACAUUCUCAUCAACUGGGCUUGUCAAGUCGGUUCGGAAGAAUGUCUAACGCAGACCAACUCACAACUAGCGGAAGUCGUUUCAAAUAAAACCGAAGACAUAGAUCCUAAUCUGAAGAGUGUCGUGUACUGUAACGGAUUGCGCAAUGCAAAUCGCGAUACGUUCCUGUUUGUGUGGGAUCGUAUGCACCGUUCGCAGGAUCCAUCGGAUCGGGUGUUACUCAUCAGUGCCCUUGGCUGUUCGCAAAAUGCUGAAUUGUUACAGCUGUAUCUAGCAACUUCAAUAGACGAGACAGGAGAAGCCAGCUACCGUGGCCAGGAACGGUCGCGUGUAUUCAGCGCUGUGUAUACGAAUGGAAAGGUCGGAUUGGAGGUCGCAAUGAAGUUCUUGGAUGAGAAUGCAGAUACCAUAGACAGACUCUACAAUGGAGGAAGCUUUGGAGGCCGGGCGAUCGGUUCGGCCGUUACCGGAAUGGCCAGACGGGUCGUCAACAAGGAACAGUAUGAUGAAUUUGAAGCAAUGAAUGCGAAACUUGCUUCUGCAGGAUACUUGAAUGCUGGAGAAUCAGCCACAGCUAAGGAACUUGCCGGGGAAAACGUUCAGUGGACGAAUAAAAACUACGCUUUCAUUGAACGUUGGUUGGAGCAGAACGUCGUAUCGGCAGCUAUGCGGUUCGAUGCCGUCUCCGUAAUGGCGGUUACUAUUGUGGCUGUCUUGAGUGCGGUUUUGUUGUAAGUCGAAUAUGAGGAACCUAGCAAAUAAAGUCGAAUACGUA